ACCUGCUGUUACUUACUUACGGAGUCAAAACAUGAUUUCGUGAUCGGCCAGGGCAGCUAUGAUCCCCUGGCUGACAGAGUUCGUGCUCAUUGUAGCCACUUUACUGGCUGUAUUUUGUAGUCCACUCAGUCGAAGAACUGAGGUUCCAGAAGACUUUUUAAUCAGGCUACAAACUGUCCAAAAUAUUAGUCAGUUCUUAAAUAGCUGGAUUGAUCAAGCAGCUGUCCAACGAGCUUAUCUGUUAGAAGAUGAUGGUGAUAGCGAACGUACAGUGGAGGUAGCCCAUCCUGCAGGUUGCAUUCCUGAAAUGCAAAUCGUUGAAUUCGAAAGGCCUUAUGAUCCAUCGCUUGUAAUCUGGCCCAUCUGUACCAGAGUUCGCAGAUGUGGAGGCUGUUGUAGCAGCAAACUUUUACAUUGCGUAGCCACAAGAAAAAGUUCAAUCACAGUCAAGGUAAUUAAAGCAAGGUAUCCUCAUCCAGAAGCAGAAAUGUUAGAGUUGGAAGGCUAUGAAAAUGUCAAAUUGGAGCAGCAUGACCGUUGUGCUUGUAAAUGCCGCCAAGAAGAACAGGACUGCACACCGAAACAGAAAUACCAACCAGGCCAGUGCCGAUGUGUAUGUCGAAAUCAGCAUGAUGCAAGCCUUUGCAAGCAACCGGAGCAAUUCUGGGACAAUAAAGAUUGCGAAUGUAAAUGUAGACAUCAAUCAGACUGUUCAACUGGCUCAGUCUUUAACGUUGAUAAAUGCAAAUGUGAGGCUCUUGAUCGCACUUCCCCACCUCUCCUUGAAAGAGUUCCUGGACCAGCUCCCCAUUUAAGUACAUUACUGAAAGAUGAUGGCGGAGAAAACGAUGCUUACAGACUGAGAUAUUCUGGAAUAGCUCCUGAUUCGUUCGCAGGGCAUUUGUCUUUAGCACAAUACCAACAAGAGAAUAGAGCAUUUCUUUUAGAAAAUGUAACUUUACCCUAACAGAAACAAUUAGGGUAAUGUUUCGUUUACCUUGUUGGAGGCUAUGAUGUAUUUAGACUUUAAAAUACGAUGAUAUUUUGCGAAAGCCAAACUUCAUCGUUUGCUCCAAAGGAAAUCAUUUCUGGCAGCUACCUGAGAGAACAAUCAACCGCAGAGAUAUGUGGGAAUGGGGAUAUGAUGCCAGUGCUCCUUUUCCCUUUGACUGAUCCAUAUUUUGUCAUAAACUGUGAUAGCUUAAAAUAUAUUCUUGUAUAAAAGAUUUAGUGUUCUUGUGCUCUUGACUGGCAAAUGAAUGGAAAUCUAUUUUGCAUAAGGAAAAUUAAUGAUGAAGAAAGAACUUAUAAUACAAUUAAAUUUCAUCUCUAGUCUCUGAUGCUUUGUUAAGCUAAAUGGAAUAUGUGGCAAAGGUUCCAAAUGCAAGGUUCUACUGUUUAUAUAGAGAGCAGCCAGCGAAACAGGACUUCUACUUAUUUCCUAGUAAAUUGAAUAAACAACUGUGUGUGGCAACUCUUAAUUUUGUGAAGAAAAUGGAGAUUAAACAUGUACAGCAUUAAUUUUAUUUUUCAGGAUGAUGAGAAGAUUACUAAUAUUAUUCACUACAAGUGAGGUGAUGAACUUUUUGAAGCAAAGGAAAGAAUUCAUAUCAACAACAUGGCUUAAAAUAUCUUUCUGUUUGAAUUUCUAUAGAAUAAAUUUACAUUAAAUCAUCAUUUGCAUUGAUUAGUUAUUGAAGAAGUUCCAUUAUUCACAUUUGCAAACUUUCAAUCAUCCUUAAUAAAAUAAAAAAAAUUAGACCAUUAGCUCUUGUUCUUUUUCAGAGAAAUGUAAGAAUUAAGAUAAUUCGUAGAAGUUAUAAUUUUUACCUUCAAAUAUAAUAAACUCA